AUCCUGGGCAGAAGAAUGACCUGGAAGAACUGGACAAUUGUCAAUGAAUUUGUUCUUGUGAGUUUCUCAGCCCUGUCCAUAGAGCUACAGGCUCUACUUUUUCUCCUUUUCUUGACCAUUCACCUGCUUACUUUAAUGGGCAAUGUCCUUAUCAUCCUGGUCACAACAGUUGACUCUGCACUACAAAGUCCCAUGUACUUCUUCCUCAGAAAUUUGUCCUUCCUGGAGAUAGGUUUUAACUUAGUCAUUGUCCCCAAGAUGCUGGGGACCCUGAUAAUUCAAGACACAACCAUCUCCUUCCUUGGCUGUGCUACUCAGAUGUAUUUCUUCUUUUUCUUUGGGGCUGCAGAAUGUUGCCUCCUGGCCACUAUGGCAUAUGACCGCUAUGUGGCCAUUUGUGACCCCUUGCGCUACCCAGUCAUCAUGGGCCGCAGGUCCUGUGCCCAGCUAGCAGCUGCCUCUUGGUUCUCAGGGUUUCCAGUGGCCACUAUGCAAACCACAUGGAUUUUCAGUUUCCCUUUUUGUGGCCCCAACAGGGUGAACCACUUCUUCUGUGACAGCCCUCCUGUAAUUGCACUGGUCUGUGCUGAUACCUCUCUGUUUGAACUGGAGUCUCUGAUGGCCACUGUCCUAUUUAUUCUCUUCCCUUUCUUGCUGAUCCUGGGAUCCUAUGUCCGCAUCCUCUCCACUAUCUUCAGGAUGCCUUCAGCUGAGGGGAAACGCAAGACCUUCUCCACCUGUUCCUCCCACCUCCUGGUUGUUUCCCUCUUCUAUAGCACAGCCAUCCUCACAUACUUCCGGCCCCGAUCCAGCACCUCUCCUGAGAGCAAGAAGAUACUGUCACUCUCCUACACAGUGGUGACUCCCAUGUUGAACCCUAUCAUCUACAGCCUAAGGAAUAGUGAAGUAAAGGCUGCACUGAGACGGGUCAGUCGCAGGACUCUCGGCCCUGAGAAACUAUGAUUGAUUGACUUAGAUGGAAAAU